AUGGCUGAAUUUGAGUAUCACGAGGAUUUCGAUUGCGAAGAGGCCGAGGAAGAGACAGUCCAGGAAUUAUUAAAGUUUGGUAUCUAUGGAGAGCAAACAACUCUCGAUGGUAUAGUUGAGGCGGCCGAGAAAAAUUUGAAUGACACUAAAGCUCGCGUUGCAAAGCUUAAAACGUUGCUCGGCGAUGAAGAGAACACAGGUAAGAAUUACAUUAUGACCUAAAACUAUUUUAUUAUAAUUAAUGUUCAACAGUUUCACUGCUUUCUGUUUCGCGUUUCAUGCGCAAGAUAAUUAGUUUUCCUGUUGCUAUGCAACCGUCUCAUUAUUAACUCCAUCGCGAUUUCAUUCGCGCGCGCAAACAAUUAGUGUUAAUUAGUGCUACAGAGCUUUUGAUUAGCGACUCCGCGUAUACAAGGAAUAAAAUGUUUUCCAGUUCAUAGCAAAAACAAUACUAAAUAUUUCUUUUAAUUUUUGUAAUGAUUUAUAUUCCUUUAUUCACGUUUAGGUAAUCAUCGUGGUGCUGUUCCGAGCAAGACUGAAGUUAAUAUGAACGAUGUAAAUAUUUCUGAAAAUGAAGACACAACUUCAGUGCACGAUUCUCCACAUGACAUUGCUGGUGAAAUAAGCGAUCCUAGAAACAAAGACCUUGACUUGCCAAAAGUUGAGAAAAGUACUUCACAUGCAAUGCCUGAUGGGGAACCUUCAAAAGAAACAACAGUCGAUGUCUCUCUCCAAACACUGGAAGCAUCUCACCAUGACACAGGAGGCGAACACAAACCUGCUGUUCCUUCAAAUACAUAUAUUCCUACGACGUCGGUUCAUGGUGGCAACGAGGCAACAGUCGAUGUCUCCCUCCCAACCUCAACAGAACCUCAUAAUAAAGAAGUGCAGAUUCUGCCUGACGUAGAAAGCAAGCACCGAUCUGUUCCUGAUGGUUCAAGCAAGGAUAGCGAAGUGGAGACAGUUCUCGUGUCAGACAAAGGAGGCGAGAUCAAAUCCAAUGAUUCAAAUUCAGAAAACAAGCUCCCUCUGACGUUGAUUCUUGUUGACGCACAUGGUGUAGAGAACCAGUCUUCUGAUGUUGAGGUCUGGAAGGAUGGCUGUCCAUUACCAUCAAGUGGG